GCCGUUCCAUGCAGUACGGACGUCCGUCUGAACCUGAUCACGGUACCGUGCUCUCCUUCAUUGGAUGCGAUGCUGCAACGCGGAACGGGAGGCCGCGGAAGUGAUCUCGAGAGGGAAGGUGGAUCCUCGAAAUUCAGCUUACCUCCAACGGCGUGGACAGGAUGCGGGAUGUGACGAGAGGCCUCAGGCUGGCACGUCCCUGUGGUUUGGCAAAUAAUUGUCGACUGUCAGGUACCGGCUGCAGUCGCGCGGAGUCCGUGGAUGUAACCAUCGCUCGACAGAAGGCGAGGGGAUUACCGCCGGCAAGUGACCGUCAUGUCGGUGCACAAUGUACGGGCACAUACUUUGCUGUUGCUGCCAUCUCUAGGGUCGUCCACCUAAUGCUGUCUGCUGUGGCGACACAUUCCGCCAAACUAGGGAGGAGGGUAGUGGGCCACUGGCAUCCUACCAUCGUCAGACAGAUCCGGUAUGUGGAUCAUCUUGGCUCGAGAUUUGCAUCGCACUGUAGUGCUAGGAUGGUCGAACCAGAUGCUGACGAGCCUUUCGUCAGCCCGCUUGCGACGGCGUGCGGUCCAAGACUGGGUUCGUGUUCCUUAGUCAUUUUUGAUACGAUGGCGUACGAUUGUGGUGCCCAAAAAUAUAUAGUUGUCUGGGAAGGAACCAACUCAAAGUGCGAGACCACGAUUGUGAGUCGCCCAUGCGCAUUGACCUGCUGGCCACCUAGGCCUGUUUACAGAAGUGGGAGGGCCCGACAAGAUCGGUCUUCCGCAAGUCUUUCGAACACGUACUUACAAGCUAGAGCAAGUGCAGGUGCUCGCUGGAUACCUCGCAGUUCAUCAAGGGGAUUUUACCCCAGACUACCCCACAUCCUUGGUCCAGGACCUUGGAUGCCCUUCCUGCUCGGAUGAACUGUCCGGUGCCUCGGACGUGUCCUGUCAUUCUUGGCAUUUCAUGUCGAGUCCGAGUCGCCUGUCAUCCGGCCGGUAAGAACCUGUCCGUUUUAACAGUCAAU